AUUUCGCGCACAUGAAUCAGUCACGUUCAUAUUAUAGUGAAAGGUGCAUUGUUAGUUUCAUGACAGCGCAGUGACUUUACAAAUAAAUAAUGUAUCACGAUUUUCAUUUUUCAAAUUUAGAAUGUGAAGUGCUAACAACAAUGAAAGACAUUUUUCACGAGGAAUUUAUGAUUUCUUCAUUUUUAUAAAGAAUACUUCAAUAAACGCAUGGACAAAUGGCUACAAGAUAGAAAGCUCUGGCUGUUUGGGAGCACACUUCCUUUGCUACCACGAAGGUCGCGUGCCCCAAGUAAGGCUAUGGAAAGAUAUGAAAGACUGGCACGUCUUGGUGAAGGAAGUUAUGGGGUUGUCUUCCAAUGCAGAGACCGACAAACUGGCAAAUUGGUGGCUGUCAAAAAAUUCCAACAGACAGAAGACGAUCCACUUAUUAGGAAGAUAGCCCUUAGAGAAAUACGUCUUCUUAAGAAUCUUAAGCAUCCAAAUCUAAUAAAUCUAUUGGAAGUAUUUAGGAGAAAACGAAAACUACAUUUAGUUUUUGAAUAUUGUGAACACACACUAUUGCAUGAAAUGGAAAGAUAUCCAAAAGGCUGUCCCGAUAUAACGACAAAACAAUUUACGUGGCAAAUUUUACAAGGUGUCGCCUAUUGUCAUCGACUUGGAAUUGUUCAUAGAGAUGUGAAACCAGAAAAUAUUCUCCUAACAUCCGAUGGUAUUAUUAAACUCUGUGAUUUUGGUUUUGCUCGAAUGUUAAGUCCCGGUGAAAAUUAUACGGAAUAUGUUGCAACAAGAUGGUAUCGAGCACCAGAAUUGUUGGUUGGUGAUACGCAAUACGGUACACCAGUCGAUGUUUGGGCAAUUGGUUGUGUUUUCGCUGAAUUAGUAAGAGGAGAAGCUCUUUGGCCUGGAAAAUCUGAUGUCGAUCAAUUGUAUCUAAUUAGAAGAACUCUUGGUGAUCUUUUGCCAAGGCACAUGGCUAUUUUUCAGCAAAAUGAAUUUUUCGCCGGUGUUACUCUACCCACUCCACAGUCAUUAAUUCCACUGGAAAAUACUCUUCCAGAAAAAGCCAGUACUCCAGUGCAGCAGAUUGAUUUCCUAAAAAAGUGCCUGAAUAAGGAUCCAGAAGAAAGAUGGACUUGCGAUCAACUUUUGCAACACAUGUAUUUUGAAAAUUUCCACUUUCAAAUGCCACAAAAUGAGCAGGAUGAAUUUGAAAAAUUGAAAAAGUAUCGCGAGCGAUCUAGAAAUGUAACUUACAAUCAAAUGGUGCUCCCUCAACUUCCUAAAGCUGUGCUGAAUCACAAUCAAAAUGAAAUCCGUCCACGAAGCUCAUCUUUACAUCAGCAAACCUUUGAUCAUUUACCGACUAUCAGAGGCUAAAACAGUCUCAAUUGUACAUUUAUAAAAUGUGUAUUAUACAUAUAUAUAUAUAUUUCCUUAAUCAAAUUUUUUGACUUUAAUGCUUCUUUGUAAUAAAAAAAAAUUGUGUGCUUUCGUUUUUAGCAAUAAUUACGCGAAAAACGCUACACAUUCUCUCCUAACAUUGAGAUUUUUCUCUUUUUAUUUAUAAACCAUUUAUUUACGUCGCUUUACUUUCUGAGUGAUAAUAAAUAAAUUUUUA